AGUAGCGAGUGAGACAGACCGACAAAGUAAAAGUGGGGAGCCGGCGUAUUCGUGGGCUCCCUCAGCACUGAUCAAUUGUGCGUCAUACCAACACCACUACACGAAUCAUUAAAACAUGUGUUUAAGUCAAUAUUAACCCGUGAAUAAAGUGUAUUCCCCGUUUAACGAGUAUUUUCAAAAAUACGAGAAUAAUUGUGAGGGCGGGGUGAAGUGGCCGAGGGGAGGGAGUCAUUAUCCCCGGAUUUUUCUCCAUUUCCCCAGCAUCAGUGCGACAUGAGCCACCAGCAGACUGGACACUUGAGUUUACUCGGGUCAACGUAAUUGCCUUUGAAGAUAAAAAAUAAUUCCCAUGUGUCUGUGUGUCAACUAAACCCAGUUUACGUGUGAAUGAGGGAUCAAUUGAACGAGACGAGGAUUGCCAGAAGUUGAGAAAAUUCUCCGAAAAUGAGCUCCCAACCGAUAAUGGUACCUGGCGAGCGACAGAGGCCCUCGUCCGAGUCGCAGGCUACUUCUACUGGCCACAAUACCGAGCCCAUCAAGACGAUGACACCACCGGGCGUCAGUCGUUCCCUCAGUAAUCCACCAGGUGACGAUCGACGACCUCGUCAGGGAAGUGUCCAUGCACAACCAGCCCAAUUGUCCAAGCUACCAUCGUCAGAAUCACUCACCGCUAACGUUAAUCUCGCCUCAGGUGCUCCUCCGCUUUCUCCAGGGCUGUCCGCGAUGGGAGAAAGUAAUUUAAAAUUGGAUUCGGCAUCGGACAAGGCUGACUCGUGCAAACUAACCCGUAAAGAAUCCUACAAAGCACAACGAAAGAACUAUCGAAUUGAGAAGAAACGCGUUGCAAACGAACUCCUGAGUUCGCUGAAGGAUCCAACGGUAGUUGUAAUGAGUGACUGGCUGAAAGUACGUGGAACCCUGAAAAGUUGGACGAAACUGUGGUGCAUACUGAAGCCAGGACUCCUAUUACUCUACAAAAGUCCCAAAAUAAAAAGUAAUCACUGGGUUGGAACAGUUCUCCUAAACAUCUGCCAAGUGAUCGAACGACCGAGUAAGAAGGAUGGCUUCUGUUUCAAACUGUUUCAUCCACUCGAGCAAUCAAUUUGGGCACCAAGAGGUCCCGAGAAAGAGGCUAUUGGGGCUGUUGUGCAACCACUACCAACAUCCUAUUUAAUAUUUCGCGCUCCAUCCCAGGCAGCUGGAAAAUGCUGGCUGGAUGCACUUGAGUUGUCUUUGCGUUGCUCGUCACUCAUUGUCAGAUCAGCCAGUAUUUUGCCACGUUCUCCACAGCACGAUGCCACGACAACACACGAGACUCAGUGGAGUGAGGCUGACUAUGAGAAGCAUUUCGAUCACGACCUGGACGACAUCAGCCAGCCGGAGAAUGGUGUUGUCGCUGAUGCGGAGAUUAGCGCCAGUGACAGCGAGUCCGAGGCCUCUGUCAAGGACGAGGAGGAGGCCAUCUGCGAGACACCAUAUGUUGCUAAUGAGAAUGAAUUCCUUGGAACGGCGGGAGAAGUUGUCGCGGAGCUGCAAGACGAGCAGAAAUCGCUCAUUUGGUUUCUGCUUAAGCAAGUACGUCCUGGCAUGGAUCUGUCCAAGGUGGUACUACCUACCUUCAUUCUCGAGCCACGGUCCUUUCUGGAGAAACUGGCGGAUUCUUACUAUCAUGCGGAUCUCCUAUCUCAAGCCGUGCUCGAGGACGAUGCAUUUACGCGAAUGAAAGGAGUGGUUAAGUGGUACCUCUCUGGUUUCUAUAAAAAGCCACAGGGAUUAAAAAAACCCUACAAUCCACUUCUGGGUGAGACAUUUCGUUGCUACUGGCAACAUCCAAAUGGCUCGCGUACAUUCUACUUGGCUGAGCAGAUAUCACACCAUCCGCCCAUUUCGAGUUUCUACGUGACAAAUCGCCAGGACGGCUUCACAAUAAGCUCAACGAUAAUAGCCAAGUCUAAAUUCUAUGGCAAUUCAACGUCUGCUGUGCUCGAUGGUGCUGCUGUGCUAACGAUGCUUCCACGCGGUGAGGAUUACACUAUGACUAUUCCCUAUGCUCACUGCAAGGGAAUUGUCAUGGGUACCUUGUCCAUGGAGCUCGGUGGCAAAGUCAACAUCAUAUGUGAAAAAACUGGUUAUCAUACUGAGCUUGAAUUUAAAUUGAAGCCCUUCCUGGGUGGUGCUGAGCAAAUGAAUCAGGUGGUAGGUCGAAUUCGUCUGGUGAAAGAGACCCUAGCAACAAUAUCCGGUUACUGGGACGGCCAGAUACUGAUAACCGACAAAAGAACAGGUCAGGAGAGUGUCUUCUUCAAUCCCCUCCCCGAAGUGCGUCGCAAGCGUUUGAAGAAGUACACAGUUCCCCUGGAGCAUCAGGGCGACUGGGAGAGCCAGCGUCUCUGGCAAGCCGUGACCAUAGCGAUAAACAAUGACGAUCAGAUCGCAGCAACCGACGCCAAAACAGCCCUCGAGGAGGCCCAGAGGGAACGAGCCAAAGACAGAAAGCAGAACAACCAGGAGUGGAUACCAAAAUAUUUUGUCCAGGACAUUAUCACUGGCAAUUGGGUGUACAGACACGCUGACAUACGCCCCUGGGAUCCCAGAAACGAUGUCGUGCAAUUCGAGCACGAUUACAUUGUUCGUACUAAGACACGCCACAAGACGCCUAUCAUGAGAACUGGGAGUAUCGUAUCGGUGGAUCCACAGACACAGUAUCACGAGUUUUGGACUAAGCACGCUGAAUCGCGAUCGUCUCUGUCAGUAUUGAAGUCAUCGAAGAGACAAUUGUCGAGUAAUUUGCCACUGACGGAGACAGCGCAUGACUCGGGAAGUUCGUCGGCGGAUGUUCAUUCGGACUCGAGUCAGUCGAUUGGGAAGAGGCGGAGGUCUAACGCCAGGCUGAUGCACUCCAUCAAGGAAGUGGAGAGCCGAAUGCUGCAGCAGGGGGAACAGCUGAACAGAAUCCAACGAACACUGGAGCAAUUGGUCAUCAGACAGAGAGGCCAGAAAGAAUCGAGUUACAAUGCCAAUAUGAUGAAGAAUUUUAUGGAUACUGUCAUUGUCAUUGUCGUGGUGUUCUUCGUGCAAUAUAUUUUCAAGAUGUGGAAUCGUAAUAAUUUGGAGAUCAAAGAGACUUGAUCACCGAUGGCAUAAUUUACGACUGCGUAAACCUAAAUAAAAUAUAAUGGAGAUUCCUUAAUGAACAAGGAACAGUUGGGGUUCUCGAUAGCGAAUUUGAAUGAUAAACGUGGAGUCGAAUUGCUGGAUAUGAGUGUAAUAACUGGUGAUGUAUAUUCGAUAAUCUGCCUUUCUGUCCGUGUUUAUUCAACUCCUACCAAUUACGUGUCAGGGUAUGUCGUCAUUAGUUCUCGAACAGUGUAAAUAGAAUGUAAUCCGAGAGGCAGCAAGGAGAAAUCAGUGUUAAAUAUUAUUUGUUGAAUAAGUGAAUUAGUUCUACUGCAGAGUUUAGUUGUUGAAAGAUAUCCUUUCGCAUUGUUUUUUAAUCAUAAUUUUUCUAUGUUAAUUUUCGUCUCCCCUUCAGUCCAGCGAAGUUCAAUUCCAAUAGAAUCAAUUCCGGUAUUUUUUAACUUCUGCAGAGAAUGGCGAUCCCCAAGGAUCUGUGUGUAUUUACGUUUGUCAAGGGUAAAGAGUAAUUAGCUGUGUAACUAAGUGAUUGUCAGAAAGAUUCCCAUUAGACUAAUCAAAGCGAAAAAUACCAUUUGGUUUAAGGCACCUGACGAAUACGAAUGAUAAGUCGAUAUCUAUCAUUUCUAACAAUUUUUAAGCUGAACGAAUUCCAUUCAAUCGUGUGAUUACUAAUAUUUGUGAGGAGCAGAGAGAUUAUAGCGAUGGAUAUCUGGGUGACAAUUAUUUAUUAAAUAUAUCGAUUAGAUGAGCCAAUGAUGUCGAAGAUAUCAGGGUAACGUGGAGAGGUAAUUCGAAACUGUGAAUUAAUAGUAUUUCAACGAACACUUGAAACACCUUGGGCAAUCACGAUUUAAAAAAAUGACACUUUGUAGAGCCAGAAUUACUGCACUCGUUGUUACUAAUCCAAAUUAAUAUCGAAAUGCUUAUUAGGCACAUGUGCACUGUAAUUUCAAAUGCAUUGAGGAAAAAUAAAGUUAUUCGAUAUUUCUUUCAAUA